GAUGGAUGGAAGGUGGGAGCUUACCUGUGGGACAAGUAAAUGUGAAUCAGUUAUUGUGUAUGCAGACAUAGACUUGUGUAGUCACAUUUGGUGUCACCAUGCAUGUCCUAGGAUUCAUCACCGCGCUGCUUCUCAUCUCCACCACCUCUGCCGUUGAUACGUUUAAUACAACGAAAGCAGAUGGCCUUGUAAUAAAUCCACUCACUUCAACUGUGAUAAUUGCCUUUCCUCCAUGUACAUAUGAUGGAAAAACUGCAGAACUCAUAGUAAAGAACAGCAGCAGUACCAUUUUAACCGAAACGUUCAUAGUACCACAGUGCCGCUUAAGAAGGGAUAUUAUUAUACCCAGCGAUUCAAUUUCUGGGAAUCAGCUAAGCAGAAAUGUGGGCUACCGUAUAAGAAACCUAUCGCCUGGAGGAAACUAUACCGCUGAGUAUAAUAUUAAAGACUCUACAAAUAACCUCGUAGCAACCGGUGCUGCUGUACAAUUUGUCCCAUUAAACCUCCAAACAGUUCCUGAUAAAAUGGCUCGCAGUGGUGGAAUGGUGGUCAUUACAGUUCUGUUAUCAGUUGCCAUGUUUUUGCUGCUCAUCGGACUCGUUAUCACACUUGUGCUUGGAGGAAGGAAGUAAAAAACAGCCGUUUACAUGGGUCAAUUGCAAAUACUUUAAGGAAUUUUGAAUUUGGACUAUUUUUUGUGUGAUCACUUUUGAACACUGGAUACUGACCUUAUAUAGUUUAUAAAUAAAUAGAUGUUUUUAUUUUUUAAAAAGAAUGAGUAAGGUUAUAAAUGUAAUCACGUACAUCUCACUUACUGUAUGAAAUUCCUUUCCCAUCGUCCAUUGUUGAUUUAUGCUCUAUCUUUUACCUUAUAUUAAUUCACCUGAUUUUACUGUGUAUAUAUGCCCUCGUUGUAAAGCAUUCUUAGUUUAAGUCCCUAUUUAUAACACUGCAUUCUAUAUUUACUAACUCACAAUUACUGCCUUUCAUACAAUUAUUUUAAUGUGAGACAUGAAAACUCUUCCCUAAUGCUAAACUCAUGCUAAACAGGGAUCACUACAAGUUCCAAAGGUUUUGAUUAUCAACAGAAUACAGUAAGAUUAGGUAUCCUUGGGGGUUUUCUUCCAUUUGUGGGAUAAACUGCCAAUAAAACAUAAUGCUUAAUCAAAAUGUACCAGUGCUGCUGUGAGAGUGAGGUGUGGUGAAAUUUUGUAAUAAAGGUUUGGCAAUACA